CACACUUUUGUGGCACAACUACCUUACGCUAUUUGCCAAAGUACAGUGCAAGUAAUCCUCGUUAUCCUUGCAACGUUACAGUCCAUUGACAGGAUGGCACCUAGCGAAUUGGCAGCCUCGCAGCCUCCUGGUUUCCAGCAAGCAAAAGACGACAUGAAGAAAUCGCUAUCCGAACUCCAGCAAGCAGUUCUGGCCGAAGUGGAGCCCGACAAUAUGUCAGUGAGCUCAACGGACAGCGAGUAUGACGCGCAGGACGGUUACUUUGUGCAACCGCCGUUGGCUGAGUCGUCGUCAGUACGGCACCCGGCCCUGGCGCAAGCCGAGGCCGAGUCAAGGCUCCAGGCCAGCGCCCCUGUACGGCACCCAGCCGCGUCGGAGUCCGAAUCCAGUCUCCAGGAGCGUUUGCAAGCAGCAGAGCAGCGAGCCAGGGCAGCGGAGGAGCGGGCCCUUGCGGCCGAGGCGAGGGAGGCGGAGACGCGUGCCACACACCUGAGCAGAGCUACGGAGCUAGAGGGACGGGUUUCGGAGCUACAACAGAAGCUGGAGGCAGCGGAGGCGCAGCGGCGGCAGGCGAGUGCACGGCUGAUGGAGCAAGCCCGGGAGCGGCAGGUUGCGGUCCUGCAGGCGCUGCUGGGGGCUUCCACGCCGCAGGAGGUGCAGGACCCGGCGCUCCUAGCGCACCUCUGCCUGCAGCGCUGGCCGCAUGGGGAGGUGGUCAGGAACGUACUCGACAUGCACCGGAGGGGCCACAUUACCCACGAAGCGCUCGUGACGGUGCUGCAAGAGUUGCGUGGGAGGGGCCUUGCAAUCGAGGGCGACAAGGAGGUGCUCAAGACCGCAGCGACGUACGGCAUGCCGGGCUUGGUGGAUGUCGUACACAGCCUGGCGGCUGACUUGAACAGCUCGGCGAGCUGCGAGGCGUUCAAGGGUGCGCUCAAGCUGGGUCACCUUAACGUUGCCCGUCGCAUGCUGCGGUACGGAUUCAACGCAUCCGCUGAUUCGGAACGCGCGACGGAGGUGCUGGCGACUGCGGCAACCUCUGUUCGAGUCUGCCCGGAAGCGGUUCAGUUUGCCAUGGGCGAGGCGGGCAUCAACGCGGCCAUGCACGGCGGAAAGGCGCUUAACUUUGCACUGCACCAGCUCACGCUGCUUCCUGCGUUCAUCCAGCGUUACGAGGCUGCGGUUCUAGAGCUGCUAGAAGCUGGUGCGGCGGAAUGCGGUGGCAGCGAGGAGAUCAGGGCGACGGUAUUCGCCAAGGCAUGCCGGGUCGGCUGCAUGUCUGCCGCCUUGCGGCUGCUGUCGGCGGGGUUCGGGGCGCGACUGACGCCGUACUUUAAGGAGAUGUGCGUGGAGGAUGCGCGGGAGGCCGGGCAUAAGAUGGUGGUGGAAUGGCUGGAACGGGAGUGGGGUGUGUCAGAGGGGUUGGCGGGGGCGAUUGUGGUGGUCUGAGCCUGAGCGGCAGCAGGGAGUAAGGGGGUUGGGGUUGAAGCAGGAGAACAGCAGCAGCGUGGCAUUUUGGGAGGGCGGAUGGGUAAGGAAGAUGAGCUAGGUGCAUGGCGAUUUUUGCUUGACACGUUCUGUGGUUGACGGGAGAAUACGGCGGUGUAAGUCUUGCGGUGUUGAGGUGUUGUAAGCUAAGCAGAGAGGAGGACAGCGACGGCGGCGAUCAGGCGGGCUUGUUGACGACGAAACGACGAGCAACGCGCAUUGUGAUGCCGUCACGCUUUGCAGGUGAUGGUGGUUCCUGUUUUCGUUACGGCAGGGGUACGACAAUCCCGCCAAGCUCUGACAUGUGUAUGUGCUUUGGCAAGGGAGCAUGCAUGGGCAUUCCGUGUACCCCUAUUAGCUCAUAACCGUGUGGCAUUCUUCCGGACCGCGAUAACCUGUUGUACGGGUCGUGAGCAACCCUGGUUACUUGACGACCGCAGACUUGCGAGACUGUGCGAGUGCUUCAUGUGAUUUAUGAGCAUGGUACUACAGAACCAUGGGCUUCGGGUCGCCGCCGUAUGUGGGCACCCGAGCAGGAUUUCGGGGUGAGCAUGCAAGCAAGUACGGGCUUUCAAGCCUUGCUAGCUGGACUGAUUUUGUGUGUUGACCGUGCGAGUGGUGAGCGCAUGUGAUGGCGCGAUGCGCCCACAGAGGCACAUGCGGGUUACUGUAGUCGCUCCGGAGCCCACAACGGACGACAAAUUCGCUGCUGACCACACCGCAUAAUUCACAGACAAUUGUAAUAUUAUGACGGAGACUUAGCUACCGGGUUUACUGAUCGGAAUUUGCUAUUGCGACGGACACCCUUGGAACCGUCCAACUAACAUGCAAUGCCCAUUAACAGAAGCCUGUCACUUUCCUUACAGAUAUAUCCAGAUAAACCUUAUCUGCUCGGUUUGCUAGGGUAGGGUUUACUGCUCAGGGCCCGGCUGAAAACCCUAGCUUGCAAUAAUGCUCUUCAACACUUUCACUUGCUACGUCUGAGCCCUGUAACGUGUUAAAAUGGUUUCCAGCGAAACGGUCGUCCGAUCAGCUGCCUUUACGGCAACACUUUGUGCCGUGCUGCUGCUGCUGGUCGGCUUCUAUGUCCCAGCUGCCAUUGACAGGGCUUUACGCCGCGGAGUGCUCCAAGCGGUUAUAUGGCGUCCGGAUUCCCCUCCGGACGUUGACGCUCGCUUCCGGGGCACCCCCGACCCGGAUGCGCCGCCCGACUACUUCCGCGUGUGGCUCUUCAACCUGACCAACCUGCAGGAGGUCCGCGCGGGCGCAAAACCCAGAGUGGUGGAAGUGGGCCCACUGACGUACGCCAAGUACCGCACGCGCACCCAGCCCGUGUGGGACCAGAGGGGGAGGGUGCACGUGCGGGAAUGGGACUACCACGUCUUCCAACCGCACCUCUCCGCCGCCAGCCCCAACGACUCCAUAACCACCCUCAACCUGCCGCUGCUGGGGGUGCUCGAAACCCUGCACGCGUACGGCAGUGUGUCGCCCGCCGUACGACCGUUGGUUGACGUACUGCUUGGCGUGCUGAGCGGUUGGCGGGACAAGGAACACGUGGACGGGCUGUUCGUACGGCGUACGGCAGGGGAGCUGCUGUGGGGCUAUGAGGACCUGCUGCUUCAGCGGCUGUCGUUGCUGCUGGGCCGCACCUUCGUGCAGCGCACGUCAGUGAGUCUGCUGGUCAACGACACGCAGCCUCGUCAGGUUGAGAAUGUCAUUGACACGGGCUGGCGCCCCGCCGGUCGGGAGGCUGCGGAGAAAGAGAGCUGGAGGGACGCGGACGGCGCUGUCGGCGGCGACAAGCGACCCAUGGGUCAUCAGCAGCACCUGCCACUACGGCCCCUGCUGCGACAAGGCUUGGGGACCCGCAAUGAAGAAGCCUCGGUUGAUGAAAGCAGCAUAUGGAAUAAAUAUCAAGAGCAGUAUCAACCGUCCCUGCCAUGUGUCAGUCACGCCUACGUGGCCUAACGGCCCUGCUGGACAAUUGACCGGUCCCUCGUCCCUUAUCAGAACCUCUUCGGCCCUGCCU